AUUCGUAUUACAUUGAGUAUACACUGUGUAAUGUCAUUGGCUCUGAUUUGUUGCAACAAAUGUGAUCACUCGCGAAUAGCUGCUCUGGAGUGACGUUAAUAGAUAGCCGAUGGUGGAAAACGUUGGCAAUUAUAUAUCUUCGCUAGCUGCUAGCUACAAGCGAAGUAACGUUAUAGUUCAGAAAGCUAAAAGUACCGGGUUGCUAGAUCGCUAGCCAGCCAAAACACCGUAAUGUUACCGUUAGCUUCUUAGCUUCAGUAUGGGAGUGGAGCCACGGCUGUGGUCCAGGCAGCAUACUGUACGCCACGGAAGGAGAAGGUGGCGAUCAAACGCAUUAACCUGGAAAAAUGCCAGACCAGCAUGGACGAGCUCUUGAAGGAGAUCCAGGCUAUGAGCCAAUGCCACCACCCCGACAUCGUGUCCUACUACACCUCCUUUGUGGUGAGGGAUGAACUAUGGCUGGUGAUGAAGCUUCUCAGUGGGGGCUCCGUUCUGGACUUCAUCAAGUACAUCAUAUCACGAGGGGAGCACAAGUCGGGUGUGAUGGACGAACCCAGCAUUGCCACCAUCCUCAAAGAGGUCCUGGAGGGACUGGACUAUCUGCACAGGAACGGGCAAAUUCACAGGGAUGUGAAAGCUGGAAAUAUCCUUCUUGGGGAAGAUGGAUCAGUGCAAAUUGCAGACUUUGGAGUGAGUGCCUUUCUAGCAACGGGUGGUGACAUGACUCGGAACAAAGUGCGGAAGACGUUUGUCGGAACCCCGUGCUGGAUGGCGCCUGAGGUGAUGGAGCAGGUGAGGGGAUACGACUUCAAGGCUGACAUCUGGAGCUUUGGAAUCACGGCCAUAGAGCUGGCCACCGGAGCGGCACCAUAUCAUAAGUACCCUCCUAUGAAGGUGCUCAUGCUUACACUCCAGAACGACCCGCCGUGCCUGGAGACAGGUGUCACGGACAAGGAGAUGGUGAAGAAGUACGGCAAGUCCUUCCGCAAGAUGAUCUCGCUGUGCCUACAGAAGGAUCCAGAGAAAAGGCCAACUGCUGCUGAGCUCUUGAAGCAUAAAUUCUUCACGAAAGCAAAGAAUCAUGAAUAUUUACAAGAGAAGCUUCUACAGCGAGCUCCAACAAUAGCAGACAGAUCCAAGAAGGUGCGGAGAGUUCCGGGCUCCAGCGGUAGGCUCCAUAAGACUGAGGACGGGGAGUGGGAGUGGAGUGACGAUGAGCUGGAUAUGGAGAGUGAAGAGGGCAAGGCGGCCUUUGCUGCUCUGCGGUCGCCCAGAGUCAGAGAAGACCCUCCGAGCACAGAGAUCUUCACGGGGGACCCGGCUACCCUGCUCCAGACCGGGGGCUCUGCACAGGCCGACGUGCCCCAGAGCCAGCCAGCGGGAGAGCCCCCCAUUGCCACCAUAACGGCCCUGCAGCCCCAGGCCCCAGGUGCAGCCACUGGUCCUGAUGCUGUGCAGCAGCUGCCCAUUAGUCUGGUGCUGAGGUUGAGAAAUCUGAAGAAGGAGCUCAAUGACAUCCGCUUUGAAUACAUGCCAGGAAGAGACACAGCUGACGGGGUUUCUCAGGAGCUGGUCACUGCUGGCUUGGUGGAUGGCAAAGAUUUGGUCAUAGUGGCUGCAAAUUUACAGAAGAUUGUUGAUGACCCUGUAAACAAUAAAAAUGUCACUUUCAAGCUGGCGUCUGGCGUCGAAGGCUCUGAAUAUCCAGAUGACGUGAAACUCAUGGGAUUUGCCCAGCUGAGUAUGAGUUAAGAAUAACCACACUGGCAGCCUGACCACACAGAGCUGCUCAGAGGUGCAUAGUAUUUUACAUACAUUGGCCUAAAGAGAACCACUACUGCCAAAGAGGAGAAAGUGACCCGUCAGCACAUAGGAUUCAGAGCCCCUGUCAAGCUUGAGGACUGCAGUGAAGUGCAGAACUUCAUAGGAAGUGCACUUGGAAUUGUUUACAGUGUUGAUGUAUAUGCAGAAGGAUGUGACCGUCGACAUCCAUUCACUCCACAAUUCGAUACGUUCUGUUUCUGGUUUUUUUUUUUUUUUUCAAAAAAAAAGGAAGAAAAAAAGAGCUGAAGAGUGACACAUGCGCACACACACAAAAAACACUUGCACAAUCUCAAAACCUAUUCCCUAUAAUGUUACAUGUUAAAGAAGAAUGCCUUAUUUUAAACAGUACUACUGAUUCAGAUGUCAGGGCGUUUGUUGUCAAGUAGAGUGGUGCGCGUGUAGUUUCAUUCAUUGAUGUUAGUGGUGAAUUAUUUGCAAAUGGCUCUCCUUGUCCCUUGUAGCCUACAUCCUCUCGUGAGCAGAGAGAGAACACCCGUGGUGAGUCAUGUUGGGAAAAGUGUGGCGAUAAUCUUAUACUGUGAGCACUUUGACACAUUCAUUUGCAACACAGCUUGAAGAAGGUUUUUUUUUUUUUUUUGUAAUUAAUAUUCAUUGGUGUCAUCACCUGUAGAGUCUAGUGUACAGAACCCCUCUUUGUCUACAUGCCCACAUAGACACACACACACACAGACACACACAGACACAUACACACAUGCCCCCCCACCCCGCUCAUACACUCACACAUGCAAUACACAAUUAUUUUUUUAUUUCUAGGUUUGCCAAUAUGGCCGUGUUCCAAUAGCAGACCAAUAGCAUGAAUGGAUAUGAUAUCGGAUGUGGGGGACCAAUAGAUGUUGACUCACACCUUGGCAGCACACUCACAGGAAUCCAGGAAGCCCUCAUACAGUCAUGAGCUGGUGAUUAUACUGUACAAAUACGGGGAAUUUAGUGCAAUUAUUCAAAUUAUUGUAACUGCAUCUACAUUUCAGACCCUUAAGUGUUGGGUUUUUAAACAUUUAACUUGACAUUUUAUCUCUUAUACCUCCAAGAUUUGAAAAACUAAUUUCAGUAAAUGUUGACUUUUCCGCCAAGUCUGAACUUGAUGGCAGCUCACCUGACCUGUUCUCCCUGAGCAUCCAGUUGUAGCUGCUCUUUGGUUAGGCUUUUCUUUUGGCUGUGAGAUUUUGCCUCUAGAGCACUGGGCCGCAUGCAAUAAGAGCCUAUCACUGAUAAGAGGAGAUGCACAGGCCUUCUUCCUGAACGUGUUGUACCGUCUCCAUGGUUAUCUGUAAAUGAGGUUUUAAGAAGGAUAACAAUUCUAUGAUUUCAUGAUGUCCAUUACAUCUCAAUGGUUUGGAAGUAGGCAACCCAGUUUGUAGGUGUGUGUGUGUGUGUGUGUGUGUGUGUUUGAAGAGGAAGUUAGCAUUGUAAGGAACAUCUUGUCAGGGACCCCCCCCACCCCCCCCCCCCCCCCAUCAACUCUCGUGCUGACUCCAUUCAACCCAGGCUAGGGCCGUCGUGAUUGCUUCCCAUAGUCUCUUGAUCUGACAGUGUUAUGUUCAUGUCUGUGUUGGUGUUUGUGCUACUUGCAUAACAUUCACAAGAAGGGCCAGAGCGGUCACUAGUCAAGUGGCCAGCGCUGAACUUGUGGCAGUACACUCCAAGUUAAUGCUGAGGUCCACUGGUCCACUUGAAGCCCAGUGCUGUCUUGCGUAUAUCGGGCCAUUUUGAAAUGGUUUUAAGGUGAAACAUGUACUUACGGAAGCAAGACACACUGUCACACACAUUUGUGGGUUUUGUCUGUGAAAAUGACUGUUUUGGAAUUAUUGAAAUAAAUAUAUAGUAGACAACAUUAGCCUAUGAAUGUGGCAAGGAGCUGCUGAGUACUUGAUUGAUAACUAUGCUAGUAUGUAAAUAAUGACAUUUGGUGUUGAUUUUGUGUUUUUAUAUAUAAAUAUUCAAAUGUAUUGAGUGUUUCACAGUUGGCCUUUGUUUUCAGUAGCAAUGGGUGUGAAUGGAAAAAGAAACUGUCUUAUGUUUUUUUCUUUUUUUUUUCCUUUUGCUUGUCCUUUUGGGUUUAAUACAGUACAUAAUCCGGGUCCAGAACCAUGUACUUUACAUCUAGAAAAUGAUUGAUGGAAGAAGGCCAAGACCUUAUUUUUUUUCUUGUAGCACCAUGAAUUUAAAUGAUCGAUUGUAGUUGGAAUUUGCUUUUUUGCGCCUUACAAUUGAACACUUGUAGUGAGGAUCUAAUUGAUGGCACCUUAUUAUUUCGUUACUCAAAUUUGGUAAAAACAAUCCCCUAGAAAGAGCGAAUCGCAAACUUGUUAUUCAAAUAAUGACCCCUGACACAAUUUUUUUUCUUGAAAGGAUUGAAAGGAUUGCAAAUUGGUCUUUAUUGAUCAGUAUUGGAGACCUCCUAGUUUUUUCAAGAAAUUACCAUGGUUUUUAUAGGGAAAUACUUGGAAUUGUAUUGCCAAUUCAAGUUAGUUUCUAUUAUCCAUAUCACACAAACACCCCAACCCCACCCCCAGAAUACUGCAUUUGUAUCCAGUGACCACAAGUAAUGAUAAAGAAUGUGCACCUAAAAUAUCAUCUACAUAACUAUGUGUUAAAAUAUUCUAGUGCUAGUCCAAGAAUGGUCAAGCUAUCAGCGUGUGAUGGUGCCGUCCUUGAGCCAUGAUGGCGUCUUGGUCUUUCCAUCGUGACGGGGAGCACAGUGAAAUUCUGUGACAUUUACACCAUUUCCCCACGUUAGCCAAUGGCAUGAGGGGGUGGCUGGCAAACAGCUUGGAGUUACAGUAUGUGCUUGACUUUCAGGGAGUGACGACAGUUCUGUCAGAUCGAAUUUGAUCCAGGAACACCAUGAUGGUCAAGUUUAUAAAGUUAGUGCGCCGGCCCUAAAGAUUCAUGGGUGUUUCACCAAUGUCCGUGAGUAGAAAAAGCGUAUGCUAAGGGGGUGUAGUAUCUUUUUUUUUUUUUUUUUUCCCUUCAUUUGUCCUAGCUGGCUAAUGGGGGCCAAAUUGUUUAAGGUUUAGAUAGAGUCAGCAAGCCUAACUUGCAUUCCCUCCAGAACAACAAAGUGAGAUAUUUCAGAAUUCUUAGCCAUGUAAAGAAUUAUUUACCCGGUGUAAAAAUUACCACACUCUUGCGUUCUGGACCAGCUGAACUCAAGACUCCAGGGGUGUGAUCAUUUAUAAUGUCCCUGGUUUUUCUUGGUUGUUCUUCAGAGGUAUCAAAAUGUUUUCAAAGACAAAAAGUCAAAUUGUCUAAACCCAAAUGUGUCAAGGACAAUGGUAAAACACUGUAAUAUGCAUUUUGUUUCACUUCACUUUGUGGUCCUCCUUUUGGUUGGUGGUUUUUAAUGCAUGUUCAUUUAAUUAUUUUUAAUAAUAUUCAAUAAAGAAUGAACUUUCAAAGUUGUUCA